UUUUAAAGCCAAGCGUUUUGUUGAGAUAGACACCUGUUUCCCGUCAAAAUAGUCAUCAUGAUGGACCAAAUGAUGAACGAUGUUGUCGAUUCAUACGAUUUAAAGAAGUUUGAGUUGAUGUAUAAUGACCAGUUGAGGAGAGGCCAGGUGAGUGAGAAAGCCCAGUUUGAGUAUGCCUGGUGUCUGGUUCGCAGUAAAUACCUAGACGACAUGAAGAAAGGAGUUGCAUUGAUGGAUGAUUUAUUCAAAAAUGCCACGGAUGAUACAGCUAGGAGAGACUAUUUAUUUUAUAUGUCAAUUGGUUACACACGUAUUAAGGAGUACCCACAAGCUCUGACCUAUGUGAAGGCCCUACUGCGGAUAGAACCAGGAAACCAGCAGGCCCUACAAUUACAGGAGUAUAUCAACACGAAAAUGAAAAAAGAGGGACUGAUGGGUAUAGCAAUUGUAGGGGGGGCCGCUCUGGCGAUUGGCAGUCUAGUAGGUUUAGGAGUGGCUCUUGCCAAAAAAUGAGGAUGCAUAUCUGAAAAAAGGACAUAAUUUAUUACAUGACAUUGGUAUAACCAUAUAUGGACAUCGUGGAAGAUAAUGAUACCUAAUAUGGGCAUGAUGACCAUAAAAGGAUAUGUUUGUCACUACAUUGUGGAGACAUUGUUAGCUCUGUGGAAGAUAUUCAUAUAUGGACCUAAUGGAGGACAUUGAAUAUUACCUUAUAAGGAUAUCAUGUCAUGACCCUGUUAAUUAUAUGGAUGAUAUCCGGAUAUGGACUUGAUGGUGAUUUUAUAUUAACUAAAGACAUAAUAAUGAUUUUCUUAAUUAGCAUGCACAAGCAUACAUUAACCAAAAGUACAUAGGCUUUUAGUAAGGAACACUGUUAUCAAGCAGAAGAGUUCUCCACAAUAUUUCUAACCAAUAAUCUUUUGAAGCUACUACCUUCUGUGACUUUUGCAAUACAUGUACAACUUUUUUUUUGGCGAUUAACUUUCGCAAAACAGCAUGGACCACUGCAACAGCACUGAUCAGGAAAAGCUACAAAUUAGUUGCUUAUAGUCAUCAAUAUUUUCUUCAAACAAUGGUAUCCACUCACCCUGUUUUUGCGAAAGUAAAUCACAUGCAAAAAAAAACUGUUUUAACAUAUACAUACCAGCUUAAAUGUGGAAGAUUUUAAUUUUUUUUGCCAAAUUUAUCUCGUCUAAAAAUAAGUCAAGAAAUUUGUAUGGUGGAGUGGGAGUAUUAUUUAAUUAUCCUGUUGUCAAGUUCUAUGAUGUAUGAUAAAUGAAUAUUAUGUUUACUGAUGAUAUGGAAUCCAGCACUUGAUUAAUAUUUUCCUGUGACUAUAAAAAAAACUUGAUGGUAUGCUUUUAUAUACCUCCAUAGACUGGUGAGGAUGUGUGAGUUUGUUGAGGACCAAUAUUUCUGUUACCUUGAUUUGAAAAUUGAUUAUGUAAUCCCAUGUAGAUGCCAUAUAAUUAUGCGAAAAUGAUAUGUUUAAUUUUCAAAAUCUCUUUUUCGAGGCCAAAAUUUUCAUUAUGCUGAAGAUUGCUGAAUUUGCAAAAGUUUUGUAGCUCUAGUUCAAACCCAGAGACUUGGCAGGUCUGAAGAUUGCUGAAUUUACAAAAGUUUUGUAGUUCUAGUUCAAACUCCGAGACUCGGCAGGUUCUGGUCUUGUGCUCCAAUACAUACAGAGUUAUGGCCCUUUAAAUAUAACUUUUUUUGUGUCAGUUAUACAUGGAUGAUAGAUGUAAAAUUUUAAAUAAAAUGGUUUACAUAAAACAAGAAUUAAAUCAUUUCAACAAUUUAAUUUAAUUAAACUUGUAAGUUUUGGGGAAAAGUUCCUGUAUUCUGAAAAAUGUAAAUAUGCUGACAUUUUUGUCUUGAAAAGUUUAAUAAUGAAACCUGCUUUUAUUGUCUUCCAUCAGGAAUCUGGGGUCAGAUAUAUGUUAAAAGCUAAAUGAGGUUCUAAACCCACAGCUAAAAGAAAUAUACCUAAAGAGUAUGCUAGUACAUUUCCCCGGUACGUAUGUUGUGUCUGACACAACUUCGGGUACCUGUAUCAGUUUAUGUGUUGUUUUUGUCAUCCUUGUGAUCCUACUCAUUCAUGUUCUGACUUAAGAAGUCACUGACCAUGUUUCAGUCAUCCUAGUGAUGUCGGCACGGUUUCUAUAAUUAACAGAAGACGCCAUGUGUCUGACAAUUUCUUGUCUGAUGUCAAUUUGCUGAUUGCGACAAGGAGUCUGUCAUAAGUUUCUUGCAUUGUUGGAGUAUAUUUCUUUAUAUAUAUCUUUAAUAUCACGGACAUCACUGAGAUCAACAGUGCCGAAGACACGAACUAUGGCCAUCAAUUGCAAAAAUGGGAUCUUGUCUUUGGCUGUGGCCCCCCAUUGCAAAAUAUGGGAUCUUUUCCUUUCUUCCUUGCCCACUUUUCUUUUCAGCGAUUUGCUUUCUUUUUUGCUUUUAUUUUUCCCUUUGUUUGUUUGUAUCCUUUGGUAUGUCCUCAUAUGAUCCUGUUUGUUACGAGGACAAUACUCUCAAACAGGGUAUGACCAAACGUGUUGUUCAAAGUCAUCGUCACAGAUCACAGAGGUUACAUAGGGGUACUAGGUAGAAUAAAAACCAAGGGCCCAGUUGUUCAAAAGGUGAUCAGGCUAACAACAGUUUAACAACAAUUUUAAAUCCCGAUAAAAUCGUUUCUGGUAGAAAUAACUUGACAACAUUUCUGAAAUUAUAACUUGUCCGUAUUUGCCUACCUGCCUAUUUUAAAGAACACAUACACUCAGGAUUUAGUAAAGGAGAAAUGAAGUUUUCACUAAUAAAGUGAUUAAGCUUAUCACCUUUUGAGCAACUGGGCCCAGAAGUUUUAGAUUUGACAGGUAUUGUUAGUAGCGACAUGUUCACACUUAGAGAUCUUUUUACUGUAGCAUCUUAUCCAUACUUUCAGGUGCUUGGUAAUUACGUACAUGUAUAAUGUUGAUACACUUGUAAUAAUUUAAUUGAAAAGAUCCAAUCUAAUUAAAAUCAGAUCUCUCAUUACACUCACCAAUUGAUUUUAAAUAGAUCGAAAAAAAAAAUCUUAACAGUAUCAUAUUGUCUUGAGUAGAAAUCCUAUCCAUUCUGUUUUAAGUGUAUUAUAUAAAGUUAAAAGGAUUUAAAAUCUUACAAAGAAACCAUACAUAUUUGUAAGGUACCAUACAUAUUGGGGGCCGAGUGGUUAAGGUGUCCCGACACUUUAUCACUAGCCCUCCACCUCUGGGUUGCGAGUUCGAAACCUACGUGGUACAGUUGCCAGGUACUGACCGUAGGCCGGUGGUUUUUCUCCGUGUUCUCCGGCUUUCCUCCACCUCCAAAACCUGGCACGUCCUUAAAUGACCCUGGCUGUUAAUAGGACGUUAAACAAAACAAACCAAACCAUACAUAUUUGUAAGGUACCAUACAUAUAACAUAUGUAGAAUUAAUAUGAGAUUCACAUUACUAAUGCAAUAAUUAUGUGAAAUGUGUCUGGCCCCUGUGACUACGGAGCUGAAGGCGAUUAUUUAAUGUUUGUGGUGAUGAUUUGAUAACAAAUAGUUGAAGUCUCAAUAAAACACAUAGUAUGUAUUUGUUGCUGUGAAUUCUAAAAUUAGAAUUAAAGCAGUUAUUUGUCUGUUGUUUGUCUUUAUGUUAUAAACUUUUUUUGUUAUAAAUAAAACGUGUCAACAGAGA